GCUUCUCUGCAUCACGAGAAAGCCCUCUUCGACAAGCACUCUCCUCCUCCCAAUUAGCGAUUCCCUAUCCCCGAUCCGAUCGAACAAGGCGUCAUUCCCCAAUUUUCUCGUUCUUUCUCGCGCCUCACUUUCGGAUUCUUUGGUGUUGCUUCUGAUCUCAGACUGGAUCGGUUUCUAGGGAUUGAUGUCGCAGCGGUUCCCGCUGCGAAGAGAGCGAUGGAGAGGAAGAAGUAUCCGAUCCGCGCUGAGGAUUACCAGCUGCGCGAGCCGGUGGGGCAGGGGGUCAGCGCUUCGGUCUACCGGGCGCUUUGCAUUCCCCUUGACGAGGUCGUCGCCAUCAAGGUCGUCGAUUUCGAGAGGAAUAACAGCGAUCUGAACAACAUCUGUCGGGAGGCACAAACUAUGAUCUUGAUAGACCAUCCUAAUGUUCUCAAGGCACACUGCUCCUUUGUGAAUGAUCACAAUUUAUGGGUUGUCAUGCCUUACAUGGAGGAAGGGUCUUGCCUUCACAUAAUGAAGUCUGCUUAUCCCAAUGGCUUUAAAGAAUCUGUAAUUGCAACAGUGUUACGUGAAGUACUGAAGGGAUUGGAAUAUCUUCAUCACCAAGGGCACAUUCACCGUUAUGUAAAGGCUGGGAAUAUUCUAGUUGAUGCACGAGGUGGCAUUAAACUUGGAGAUUUUGGUGUUUCAGCUUGCCUUUUCGAUUCCGGUAACAGGCAAAGAUCAAGGAAUACAUUUGUGGGGACACCUUGCUGGAUGGCCCCUGAGGUGAUGGAGCAACUGCAUGGUUAUGAUUUCAAGGCUGAUAUAUGGUCUUUUGGAAUUACUGCUUUGGAACUUGCUCAUGGUCAUGCUCCUUUUUCAAAAUAUCCUCCAAUUAAGGCCUUGCUGAUGAACUUGCAGAAUGCUCCACCAGGCCUUGAUUAUGAAAGUGACAAAAAAUUCUCAAAGUCUUUUAGGGACAUGAUUGCUAUGUGCAUGGUGAAGGAUCCUUCAAAAAGACCUACUGCACAUAAGCUGUUGAAACAACCAUUCUUCAAGCAAGCCAGAUCUCAGGACUACAUAGUACGAAAAAUUUUGGAUGGGUUGCCUACACUAGGUGAUCGCCAUCAAGCCUUGAAGGAGAAGGAAGAAGAUUUGCUUGCACAGAAGAAAAUGCUCGACAGUGACAAAGAGGAGUUAUCACAGAGGGAAUACAAACGAGGAAUUAGUGCAUGGAAUUUUGAUGUUGAGGAUCUGAAAGCUCAGGCUUCAUCGAUUCUGGAAAAUAAUGAAACUACAGGAUCAAAUGGAUGCCAAAUGUUUGGGAUUCAUGCUUUGCAAGAAAGAAUAUCAGAAAGUGCAUCUUGUUCAUCAAAGGAUGAUGAUGAUGAUGUGAAAAAAGAGGUGUUGGAUGAAUCAACUCUCUCGUCGCCUUAUCAACCUGCAUGCUACCAGAGAAUUGUUAAUGAAUUAAUACUUGUUAGUCCGAAGAAACAAAAUCAGCACGAAAAUAUUGGAAAUUACAAUGGAGAGUUUCAAAAAGCAACUGAUAUACCUACUGAAGUGGCACCUAAAUCAUCCAAAUCGACAGCAGGUGUUGAAGAUGCUGAAGAUAAAUCAAAGCAUCCACUCGUUCAACGUAAAGGCCGUUUUAAGGUGAUGUCUGAGAAUAUUGAUUCAGAUAAGGCUUUUGCACCUAUUUGCCCUCAAAAGGGUCAAAGCACACAGAUGGAAGCAGCUACCGAAAGGGAGAAGCAGCUGAUACAGGAGAUUUGUGAUCUGCACUGGAGGCUAUCAUGCACGCAGGACGAACUAAAAAGGCUAAGAGCAAGAAAUGCUCAGGCCAAUCCCUUGUGUCCUCAACACGACUGACCACCAUUUCAGUUUGCUUCAGCAGCAGGAAAGGAUGGAUGAGCAGAACUCCUCUUCCCACCCCAAUGAGAUUGAGGCUGAGAACUUGAGGUUUCGUCAAAUGUACAUACAAAGUCCUGCAUCAUGGUAUAUUCUAAGAUUACCUUACUCGUCUAAUGCAUCCUUCACCCGCUGCCUUUUAUGUUCA